GCCAUCCCAGCCACCCCCGCCGCCCCCACCCUCACCGGCGCCCUUACUAGCAGCAGCCCUCCCCACAGUGUGGGGCCGUCGAGAUUGCCAUCUCGGGCCAUCUCGGGUCAUCUCGGGUCAUCUCGGGUUUUCUUUUUUUCCUUUUCAGGCGGCCAGUGUGUGGACGUCUCUGGUCGAGUACCCGACGCUGCGAGUGACCCUCAAGGACUCCGCCCUCACCAUCGCCCUCACCGCCGGCGGCGGCGCGUGGCUGCUGCUGAGCGGCAUGUCGCAUCAGGAGGUGUUCGACGGGAUCGAGGAGGAGAAGAAGGCGAGCCGCGGGCAGGUCGAGAUGUACUUUCUGACGCGCGCGAUGGCCUUCUUCGCCGGCUGGAGCUGGAUCACCCUCUGCCGCGACCUCUCGACGCUGCUCGCCUACCACGACGCGCAGACGCCCGCGCGCAACUACUCCGGCCAAUUCCUGGUCGCCUUUGCGCUCGGGCCGAUGCUCACCUUCUUCCUGAUACGCGCCGAGGACGGCGGCCGCGGCGGCGAGGAGGGAAGCGCCGGGGAUGGAGAGUGGGACGAGACGGCGCCGCAGCCGGACAACUACGUGCUGACAGAGGGGUGAGAGCCCCACGCACUUUUGCGAGUCUUGCGGAUGACGGGAAUUCGUCUCAACUACUUUUAAAAUGCGAAGCUUGUUUGCAUGAACGAGCCAGCGUUGUGAUAUGUGUCUCUCCCUUCUCGACUGUCUGUGCUUGCUUGUGCGUCUUGGGUCCGGGGUUGUAUGUUUUUGUGUGAA